UGAAUGGGACCUGGAGAGCUCGGGCGUAACUCAGGAUAUCACCGGUGGUAGUUCUGUGGAUUAUGUUAAUAUGUCACUAAACGACCAACGGUUUCAACUCUACCUUUCAUAUAUACAACACUAGAGCUUUAAGCUACAUAUUAAAUUGAUACCUCUAUUGUUGGUUAUUGGAGCUUAAGUAGAUUUCUGUAGAGAACACCAAACACCAGGGACACAACAUGUAAGUCAGUGGCAACUCAUUGGUGUUCGUUUAGACCACAACUUUUUAUUUUCUUCUUUGAAAUGAUAAUUUAACAUUAGAUAUCUGGGAUAUUUCGAUUGAGAUCUUUGGAUUUAUUCAGUGUGAUUCUGGGGACAAUCCUGAUGGUGUGUAAUGGACACUGAAUGUUGAGCAUAUUGAAUUCCUAGCUUUGAUACAGGAUCAGUAUAACAGCUCAUAGGUUGAUGCCACUGAAACAUCAAAGGUUGGGCAAAAUGCCACUGAUGCCACAUCACCCUGGUGGCAAGUCGCUGAGCCACAAACACGGACAUGGUGGACUAUCACCCGAAAACAAACACGCACGCAAUGGACAUUCACCUGAAAACAAGCUUAAAGCCAUAAAGUUUGAGAAAAAUGAGGAUCUGGAGUAUAAACUCCCAUUUCUCCCAAAAUCAAUUAAAAAGGACAAGAAACCUUUGUCAGAAAGGAACGCAUGUACCUACAACUCUAUACCCAAGAAUGGCACAGGUUUAGGAGUGUACACAUAUGAAAACAAAUACUUCAGAUAUGAAGGACAGUGGAGAAAUGGUAAAAAGCACGGUCAUGGAAAACUUCAAAUGCAAGAUGGAAGUUAUUAUGAAGGAACUUUUAGUGAUGGUGAAAUUAACGGUCAUGGUUUUCGCUACUUCUCUACAUCUGGGUGUAAAUACACAGGACAAUUCCAUAAAGGAGAACUUCACGGUACUGGUAAAAUGAUAUAUACAGACGGAUCUAUCUAUGAUGGUCAGUGGUACCGCAAUCGUAAACAUGGGUAUGGUGUGAUGCGAUCCUCUGAGAGUGAAGUGUAUGAAGGAGCCUAUCAAUCCAAUCUGCGCCAUGGUGAAGGCCUCAUGUUGUACUCAUCUGUGCGUGUUGACGACGUCAGCAAUGGUGACAAGUAUGCUGGUCAGUGGGAAAAUGACCGACGGUAUGGAGAGGGAGAGCUGACAAGCAUUAACGGAACUGUAUAUACGGGCCAUUUUAUAGAUAACCUGUUCCAUGGGGUAGGAUUACUCAAACAUAUAUCUGGUUAUUACUACAACGGAGAGUGGGCUUACGGUCAGCCAAUCAAGAUUGCCACCAAACUAGUCAUCAAGAUUGAGGAAAAUCCUUGGAUCAUCAGACAGGGCGUCCCCUUCUCUGUCAGGGUUGAAUGUCAAAAUGAUGAAGGCGAGAUCAUUGAGGAACACGGCCGUGAACUGCGUCUACAAGUUGGAUUUAAGUAUUAUGCACCUAAAGAGGGUUCUGUUUUGUUUGAUAUGAUUGAGGAUGUGGAGGACCAGCCAAUAGACACACCAUUUGGUUAUCAAGUGGUUUCCUAUCCAGUAUCUGACCAGAUCAACAUGUCUGAUGGUGGUGACGGGCCCCCAGAUGAGGAUGAUAAGGACGAUGAACUGUCAAAGUCACACACACAGACAGAUAUUAUUGAGGAUUCCCCAGAGGACCAGGGAGAAGAGGAACAUGAGGAAGAGGAGAAAGAAAAAGGUGAUGAUGGGUUGGAGAAGAAGGUAGAGGAGGAUGAGACAGGCGUUGCUGUGGGAACUGAUGAUGAGGGUGUAGCUAUCGGAGGAGAGAGAGCGCCAGAUGGUAUGGUAGAGGAAAAAACCGAGAUAGUUGAGGAGAAGGAAUCUGUGACGCUUCCCCCACCCGUCCCUAACCACCGAUGUGAGAAUGGUGUAAGUGACUGGGAUAACCUCCAGCUGGCACCAGCACCACCUAUGUAUAGACCAUUCGUUGCCAUGGAGGAAGCAGCACAUGGAAAAUUUUCAAAAACAAAAUCAAAAGCAAAAAUAGUUCGAAAAUUCAGUACAGCGGUUAAUUCCAUCACAGUGCCCCAAGUUGUUCACGCUUCAAGUAUACUUGAUAGAUAUAGGAAACAGAGAGAAAAGGAAAGACAGGAGAAGUAUGCCAAAACAGGUGAAUAUGUGUUGAUGGUUCAUGAUGUCACAGAACCCCCUGCCAUGGACAGAGUCCUAGAGCCAGCAUUCCAUCUACUCAAACUGAAGCGACCCAAACGUGAGCCUGUUAAAAAGGAAAAGGGACCAAGGUGGGACACCUCCCGUCAUAUUGCUGCUGCCAUGCAGAGAUCCGAGUCCAUUACCAGUCUCGGAACUCCAUCACUAGCACAAUGAUAAACUCACAUCAUAGUUACCUCCCUUGGACAUUCCACCUGAACCAGAUAUUACCACGGACAUAAGUUUUCUUGACUCUUCAGUUGUGCCUGUGGAUGUUGCCUGAACUCACUCCUGCUGACAAAUGAUCUAAACUGAUAUGCAAACCUAAUGUGCCAAUUAAGUUCAAAGCCAAUUAUUUCUCCUGUAGGUACAGGUAUCGAGUACAUGUAUUACAUACAGGUAUCGCGUACAUGUAUGACUUUUAUUACUAUCAUUUUAGGAACCUCUUGAUUCUUUGUAAACAUUCUUUGUCAACAAUUCAUAUACCCCGCUUUCUAAAUUUGAUCAUGAUAAAAAUAUAUUGUUAAAAUUAACGUAUUUUUUGUAAGAGCAGAAAUAUUUAAUAAUCAUGGAUUACAUUCUCAAUCGAGUACAUUAAGUUAUAAUAACAAUACAAUUUGUAUUGUUUCAUACUGACAGUAUAAUCAUGGCUGACAAGUUUUCAUUUAUAUUGUCAAUUAAACAAUGAUGAAUAUUUUAGAUAUUUUAUUAGUAAAAAGUAAAUAACUUAUUCCUCAAAGAAAUGUAAUUUCACAUGUGCUUGUUAAUGAUAAGAUUUUGAAAAAUUACUGUAAUUUAUGAAAAGAUAUAUUUGAUACCUGCAUGUUUGAUAUCCUAAAUUUGUGUACUAUGUACGUCUUUUUGUCUGCCCCAGGGAUUAUUUCACCUAUACUGUUUAACCUUAAACUGCCAAAUGUUGCUUGCAAGUACACCUCUGGAGAUUGGGACUCAUACUAAAACAAGGCUCUCGAUCCCACCAGAAUUAUGGCCUUUUUUUAUAUCUUUGUUCGACGGGAGGGACUAUGGAUUGCCUGCAAUACUCUGCCAAGUUUUGGUGUUAAUUAUUGAUUUCCUGAAGCAUUAAAUAGCAUGCCUGUUUGCCAUUUAAUUUGCAUUGCUGUUCAUUCUUUUUAAAAGCAUUACAAAAUUUGUUUUGAUAAAAUGUUGAAUAAGCUGUAUUUUUAAUUAUCAUCAUUUUUUCUGUUUUCUGUUGACAUUUUAUUUUCUGUUGGUCUUUUUCUAUUUUCUAAACAUUUGUGGUACAUUAUUCACUAGUUAUUUCCCUUUACUCUCAUCGCCCCAUUAGAUAUCUCCCUUUACUCUCGUCGCCCCAUUAGUUAUUUCCCUUUACUCUCGUCGCCCCAUUAGUUAUCUCCCUUUACUCUCGUCGCCCCAUUAGUUAUUUCCCUUUACUCUCAUCGCCCCAUUAGAUAUCUCCCUUUACUUUCGUCGCCCCAUUAGUUAUUUCCCUUUACUCCCAACGCCCCAUUAGUUAUCUCCCUUUACUCUCCUCGCCCCAUUAGUUAUCUCCCUUUACUCCAAUCGCCCCAUUAGUUAUCUCCCUUUACUCUCCUCGCCCCAUUAGUUAUUUCCCUUUACUCUCGUUGCCCCAUUAGUUACUUCCCUUUCCUCCCGUUACUCAAUUAAAUCUGUUACAUGUUGUGAUACAUACAGUUAUAUUAUUUAUCAUGAAAAUUUGUUUUCUGUUGAUUUUAUUCAAAUGUGAAUUUCAAAGUUGUAUUUAAAAAAGCUUUCUGUAAAACUGCUGAUCAAGUAUCUGUUUUAUUCAUAGUUCUUAAUAUGCAUUUUAUCUGGGAAAAAUCAAGGAAACACAUAUAUUAAUACAUUCAUUCAUUUACGUUUUAUGUAUAGAUUACCUCCCUUUGACUGUUGGAUACCUUUACAUUUGUAAAUUACCUGUAAAAAUGGUAAAAAUUAACAGCAUUUUACAUUUCAUUACUGUGAAAAACCUGUUUUUAUUUUUUGGGGUUUUCCCCCAAUUUACCAUUCUAUUAUUCAUUUUGGCCAAAUGUAUCCAAUAUACACAAACAUAUUGUGAAUAUAUUUCAGAUGUUAAGGUAUGUAUUGAUUAUACAAAGGCUUAAUGUGAAAAAAAAACAAAAACAAAACAAAACAAAAAAUACCAGUCAUUAUCUUGUGGAUUUAUUUGUGAUCACACAGGAAAUAUGAACUUUUAAGACGACGUUUUAUUUGUGCUUGGGGUGAUAUGUCCAUGAUCAGUGUUGAUACAGAUAAGCCUGAAGGGAUAUAUCAUCAUCUGUCACCAGUCUACACUCAUCAUCUCUAAAUCAUUACGUCACUUUUUAUAUGGAGAAGACAGGAAACAAAAAACAACUAGUAUUUCUUUUUAAACUGUUACUAAUGUAUGACUAAGCGAGGCUGGUGCCAUGCAACCAGGUGUGACGUAGCUCGUUAGGGUUGUUUGUCAUCUCGUACCUUACAGGUAAAUAUCAGUGUCUCCCGCCACCAAGUCAAACCAUUCAUGUGCAUCCAGCCAUGUAUGCUAAAUAUUUAAUUAUCAAAUUCCUCUUCGGGGCAAUUAUUUGCAAAAUGUACAAUCGAUUCAUUACCUACCGAAUAAAAUUGACCUUUAUUGAUAAAGGGACUUGGUUUUUUCCAGACAGUGUCUAGACAGAGGUUAGAAGUGAUAUGAGAAAUAAAAGAAUCAAAGUAUUUUUUUUUCUAUUAUUUAAACUGAAAGUUUCAAAUAGAUAUUUCGUCAUACAUAUGGGUUGGAAUAUAAUGGUAAUCAUGCAUAUACAUAAUGUUUGUUUUUAUUUCACUUUAUAUUUGUAAAUGUUAUUCAAAACAUUUUUUAUUACAAAUGUUAUAUUGAUCAAAUCUUUUCUUUAAAUGGAAGCGCUACUCACUAUGUGAUAUUUAUACAUUUACGGUAAGUGUCUCUAUAUUUGCUUGCAAAUAUUAAGAUGGCCAUUAGGUGGAUUAUCUGAACUGUGAUUUUUAAUUGUGUGUAAUAGAAUUGCCUGUGUGAGAAACAGAAUUUGACACUUGUGACUUUUAUUUAUAAUUUACAAUUGAGUUUGUAUGAUAGAGUUGUUUACAUGUAAGUGAGAAAGAGAAUAUUAUACUUGUAGCUUUGAUAAUAUAUAAGGUAUGGUGUAAUACAUAAGAAAAACAAAAUCUUAUACUUGUGUACAUUUAUAUUUUUACAUUGAUAAUACUGUGAUAUGCAAGUCUGAAACAGAGUUUAGACAGAAUCUACGUGUCUCUGUGACUCUGGCCUUCAGUAAUAUCAGUUUUAUGUUAGAGACAGAAUCUAUGUGUCUCUGUGACUCUGGCCUUCAGUAAUAUCAGUUUUAUGUAAGAGACAGAAUCUACGUGUCUCUGUGACUCUGGCCUUCAGUAAUAUCAGUUUUAUGUAAGAGACAGAAUCUAUGUGUCUCUGUGACUCUGGCCUUCAGUAAUAUCAGUUUUAUGUUAGAGACAGAAUCUACGUGUCUCUGUGACUCUGGCCUUCAGUUAUAUCAGUUUAUGUAAGAGACAGAAUCUAUGUGUCUCUGUGACUCUGGCCUUCAGUUAUAUCAGUUUAUGUAAGAGACAGAAUCUAUGUGUCUCUGUGACUCUGGCCUUCAGUUAUAUCAGUUUAUGUUAGAGACAGAAUCUACGUGUCUCUGUGACUCUGGCCUUCAGUAAUAUCAGUUUAUGUAAGAGACAGAAUCUACGUGUCUCUGUGACUCUGGCCUUCAGUUAUAUCAGUUUAUGUAAGAGACAGAAUCUAUGUGUCUCUGUGACUCUGGCCUUCAGUUAUAUCAGUUUAUGUAAGAGACAGAAUCUACGUGUCUCUGUGACUCUGGCCUUCAGUUAUAUCAGUUUAUGUAAGAGACAGAAUCUAUGUUUCUCUGUGACUCUGGCCUUCAGUUAUAUCAGUGUAUGUAAGAGACAGAAUCUACGUGUCUCUGGCCUUCAGUAAUAUCAGUUUUAUGUGAGAGACAGAAUCUCUGUGUCUCUGUGACUCUGGCCUUCAGUAAUAUCAGUUUAUGUAAGAGACAGAAUCUGUGUGUCUCUGUGACUCUGGCCUUCAGUAAUAUCAGUUUAUGUAAGAGACAGUAUCUAUGUGUCUCUGUGACUCUGGCCUUAAUUCAGUAAUAUCAGUUUAUGUAAGAGACAGAAUCUGCGUGUCUCUGCAUGUGACUGGCCUUCAGUAAUAUCAGUUUAUGUAAGAGACAGUAUCUAUGUGUCUCUGUGACUCUGGCCUUAAUUCAGUAAUAUCAGUUUAUGUAAGAGACAGUAUCUAUGUGUCUCUGUGACUCUGGCCUUAAUUCAGUAAUAUCAGUUUAUGUAAGAGACAGUAUCUACGUGACUCUAUAUGACUCUGGCCUUAAUUCAGUAAUAUCAGUUUAUGUAAGAGACAGAAUCUGCGUGUCUCUAAUGGUGUGUCGUUGUAUUGUUACUGUCCUCUAACUCCUCACACAUGUAUUUAUACUAUGUAUAAUGAAGCUGUCACAAUGCUGUUGUGUUAAUAACCUAGAGGACAAAUAUGGACGAGGUCAAAUUUUUCAUUGUUACUUGUUUUAAGAUCAUGAAUAUUUUAUAUUGAGCAAAAGGGCAAAUAUUUUUCAUAAAUUUAUAUUUAUAAUGAAUCUGUCAUAUUUUUUGCUCACCUAUGUAGUAAAAAAUACAUGUUUAUUUCAGUUGUGUUUAGUUUAUUCUUUAAAUAUGGAGUAAAUGUGACAUGGAAAGAUCUAGAUAAUAUAAGUGUAAAUUAUUAAAUUGUGUUGAUGUUGCACUUAUUCCACAUUAAUGACACAGCCUCUAUCAUGUACAUGUAGGCAAUAUAUCGAGUGAAAGCAUAAUGAACAUGGUACUGCUUGCCCACCAAUCUGUCAUUCAAAUUUAAUAUUCCUGUCGUAUUAAGAGAGUUCAAUGGUUAUACAUUUCGAACACUUAUUGCUCAGUUUUUCAUAAAUAUUUGAAUUUUUUUUCAAUGUGAGGCCCAAUGGACCUAUAUUGCUAACCUGCUAUAAAUACAGUGUGUGUCAUUGAUGUGACAGCUAAAUGGCAUAACUUUCUAGGUAAGUAAUGUCGGACAGAGAUGGCUAAUGGAAGUCGACUGUCAAAAUUUCCAUAAACAUGUGAACAUUUAAAACAAAAAAUAAGAAAGAUUAUCAAAAGAUAUAAUAAUCACAAGAAUCUUUAUAUCAUUGAUAUAGGAUUAUGAGUGAUUCAUACUCGAGGAAUGUUAUAGUCGGUUGGAGAGACCUUGGAAGUUCAACAAGAGAUCAUUUUCAUAAAGUGAUGCAAUAAAUUACCUGCUUGGUCUGCCAUACAGGUAAGAUAUAGCAAGCUGUCAGUCAACUUCUCAGGUAGAUAUUAAAUGUUAUUGCUGAUAGGUUAUGUGAAAUGUUCAUACAUUCUAACUAUUUCUCACCAAUUAGUAAAAAAGAAUCUAGUGUUAUUUUUAACUAGUUUAUGCUGACAAAAAUUAUGUGUGGUUCUUUCAAAAUCAAGUUGACAAUGCUCUUUCCUCUGUUGUCAACAGUCUAUAUAUAAACCAGACUCUGGUAUUGAAGUACCUUUUUUAUGACCGAUUAAAAAUCAAUGAAAACUUGA